GAAAUUGUGACACCGCCGUUCAUAUUAUGAAAGGCUUGCAUUAUCUGAAUUUUCUCCCUAUCAGAUAUUAUUUUUAAUCGAUUACAUAAGGCAAUCCUAAAUUCUGAUUUCGCGUCUGCGGGAUAGCAGAGGCUAUUUAUAGCGCAGAUGAAGUAUGUUCAGUAUCGUUUGAAUCGCAGCUUCUCCAGGAUGUGGGUUCUCACAAUCGCAUUGAUUUCGACGUGCAUUUGGUUGCUGUACCGUUGGAUCAACUCUAAAAAUGAAUACUGGCGCAAGAAAGGAAUUCCAUUCGUAAGACCGGUGCCAUUGUUCGGCACCAUGUAUCCCGUUAUCUCGGGAAAACAAUCGUUUGCAGAUUUGCUGCAGGUACAAUAUACCGAACUUAAAGCAUCUGGACGCGGCUACGGUGGAAUUUUUGAAUUCUUGACCCCAACGAUUAUGAUAACUGACCCUGAACUCAUCAGGCUUGUCACUGUCAAGGAUUUUGAACAUUUUGCAGAGAGAAGAACGCCAGACAUGAAGGAUGAUACGGAUCCGCUUUUCCAUAGAUCUUUGACAAGUUUAAAGAGCGACGACUGGAAACACAUGCGCACAAUCUUGAGCCCGGCAUUUACCACCAGCAAGUUGCGUGGGAUGUUUCCACUUUUGUCAAAGUGUUCAAGCGAGUUGAUAAAAGCGCUCGAGCAAGAGAGCGAAAUUUGCGAGUCUUUGGAAAUGAGCAAGCACUUUAACCGCCUCGCCAACGACGUGAUCGGCAGCGUAGCUUUUGGUCACGAGAGCCAGGCGAUCAAAAACGAUAAAGAUGAGUUCUUCCUGAUGGGUCAGAGGCUGCGAAACUUUUCUGGGCUCCGCUAUUUAAUCGUGGCUGGCUACAUGCUCGCCCCUAAACUUAUGAAAUUGCUCGGCAUUUCAUUCACGCCGAAAGAUAUCAGCGUUUAUUUCAGGAGGCUUAUCAUUGGCACCAUGGAGCAGAGAGAUAAGCUUAGCAUUAGUCGGCCAGAUAUGCUCCAGCUGCUGAUGGCCGCCCAAAAAGGAGGCAUCACAAGAGAAAAGAACGAUGAAAUCGACUCUGGCACAAUGGGAGAAGAUGCUAUAGCAGAAACCGAACGAAUUAAAGUAUUUUCUUCAGCACGCUUGAAUGAUGGAAAAAGGAACAUAACUGAUGAGGACAUAGCCGCACAAGCAUUUAUUUUCUUCCUAGCCGGAUAUGACACUGUUUCCGCUGUGCUCAGUUUUACAGCCCACUUGCUCGCUUGCAAUCCCGAGGUGCAGCAAAAAUUAUUUGAAGAAAUUUCAAGUGAACUAGGAAGUGGAAAUGCUACUGACUACGAUACCAUAAGAAGCAUGAAAUACUUAGACAUGGUUAUUUCAGAAUCCCUACGGCUGUACCCACCAGCAGUGUUUUCAGAUCGAAAGUGCACAAAGAAUUACAAAUUUCCAAAUUCAGAUUUUGUGAUGGAGGCAGGCCAGGGAAUUGUUUACCCAAUUUUUGCACUGCACAGGGAUCCAGAGCUGUUUGAAAAUCCGGAAAUAUUCGAUCCAGAACGUUUCAAUGACGAGAAUAAGAAAAAAAUUAGGCCAUACACUUAUCUGCCGUUUGGCUCUGGUCCUCACAACUGUAUAGGAAUGAGGUUCGCUUUGCUGGAGGCUAAAGUGUGUUUGGUACACCUGAGCAAGAAAUUCGAACUGGAAGUUUGUGCCAAAACGGAACUCCCUCUAAAAAUAUCAACCAAAACUUUCCAAAUGACAACAGACAAUGGUUUUUGGCUUAGACUUAGAGCCAGAACAAAAUGAAAUAACUCUUUAACGGUUCGAAAAAAUUUUCUCAAAAUAUUUUGAUUAAAUAAAUUUUGGUUCUAUAUUUUAAAAUAUUUAUCUGUAUUCACCAGUGUUGAAAGAAUAAUAAAAAGACAAAAACUUAAUUAAA